CACUAGACCACGGAGGCGGUCCGGUAUAAUAAUCCGUAUUUGUGUCCUUGCAGAUUUAUGGGUGUUAAGCUGCUUUUUGGAUUGUACUCCGAAACAAGACCGGUGCCAUUACCACUGCCCGUGUGGUAAACUCUUCCGGAGAAAGUUCACAUUUGUCCGACUCACGACCACGGUUUGCCCUUUUGUUCUGACAACAAACCAGACAGCUUCUGAGGAAAGAACUUCAGCAGAGUCCCCUAAAAUCCAAAAAGUGAAGAGAGAGCAAGUUCCGAAAGUGACAUGUUUUGUCUGCAAUGCAAUGAUCUCUAAGAAAAACAUUAAAAGACAUAUUGAGACACACAAUGCACGAGAUGAAGUGAAAACCAAGUCAUACCAACGUGGAAUAUGCGUUGAUAAACACCGCGGUCUCUACAUGAUCAGCAAGUCCAGUAUCGGUCCAGAUUACCCACUUCAUGUACAAAUGAACACUGUCACACAGCAGAUACAAUGUGAACAUGAAAAUUGCAAUUUAGCUUUGGGUGUUGCAGCAAGGGGCAAUGUAGGUAUUUAUCAGUGCCACCAUUUGCAAUCAGUUAUCAUAAAGAAGUGCAAAGCGUGCGGUCACUUCUACAGGUACCAAGAGCACAGGGAUGGUAUACACAAUUUUGACGACCACGUGUUCCUGUCAGUUCGCCUGUGCCACUGGUUCAGAGUUAACUUGAAGAAUCAUACAGCCGUUGGAAGGGCUGCCGAUAUCUUAUCAGAAGAUUCCGGCUUACAUUUUCCCGGAGACAAAAUGUUACAGGGAUAUCUGCACUUUGAGGCAAUGUGCGAUCACAAGUACAACUUUACCUGUGACAUCUGUGGCCGUUUUCCAUGUUGCCUGGUGACAGAUGCAAAUAGGAAAUGUGCAUUUCCAUUAGCAUUGUCACAAGUACCAGGGACAGAAACAGCUACAGAUGGAAUCAACAUGGAUGUGUUUUGGAGCCAAACGGUGGAGGCGUCUAUUUUACUUCGGGGUUUUGGAAAAGAAGCAGCCAACGUCGGGCGUGUUACACCUAGUUAUGACAACUGGGCUCCUUUCAUUGGAUUAGCCAGAAAAGAUGAAAAUGCUUUCAACACUGAAGCUGAAAAAGUUCGAUCUCUCAGAACCCAUCUUCGAGAUACAGAUUUUGAUACAGGGGAUAAGGAACUGACUGAAGAUUUCCUGAUCCAAAUGUUAUGUGAAAAGAAGGUUCUGGAUGUACGGCACUGGUGUACAAAGAUGGAAGUAGACGCCAAAGGGACCAAAUUAGAGAUGAUCAACAGCUUGAAGGAAAAGUUGAAAAGCAAAUCAACCUUCAACAAGUUAUUUUCAAGCAUAUGGGGCCAUUCUGGUGGAUGGGUAUCAGCGUCCUGCCCCCAUAGAAUAGUGUACGCAUUCAAAGCUAUUCUGAGGCCUGAAAGUGUCAGAGACCAUGUCGACAUCAUUCUAUCUAUGUCAAGACAACCGCCAGUCAUCAUUAGUGACGUAGCCCCAAUGAUGUCACGCCAUGGUAACAAGCGGCGGAAGAACAUGUUCUCGCCCAACGAAGGACGCUUGGGUGAAGCGACUGCAGACAACAUAAAAAAAGCUAAGGAGGGGGUAUUUUCAAAGAGUAUACCUUGCAUGAAGGAAUGGGUGACAGUAGCACCAGUCUCCGACAAUGAUUUGCCAACCUCAAAUGAAACGUUCUGUUUGCUGGAUAGGUUUCAUGAAGGGAAUACAAAAUCAGAUGAGGAACUCCUAAGGCGUAUAACGUUUGUUCCCGAAAUGAAGGGCUCAAUAAAUUCACAAGUUGAAGAGCAGCUGCACAGGGAAAUGAACCGGAACAACUACUUUCUAGAUGCGAUGUCGCCGGGAAACUACAUGUUUGUCCUGCGAUUGCUUCUACAUUUUCACAAUGAACAUACAAACAGGAAAAUGACAGAAGCAAUCAAAGGAAAACUGUACACAGACAUUUCGUAUGGUGAAAUACGUCAUGACAAGUUUGGCCGCCUGCAUCUUUCAGAUUUGGACAAUGCAGCAGAAAAAGAAGGGAAAACAGACCUUUGGACGAGGACUGAAGACGCACAGAAGCACAAGAAAAUAUCGCUCAAAUAUCACAAAGUUACCUUGAAACAACUGCAAGAAGCACUGCAGAAGGCUAGUCCAUCAAACGUGACAACGUUUUGCCAAGGGACAUCAGAACGACUUCUGGCCUCGGAAGGAGGCACACACCUAUCCAAUUUUGUCGAUGUGCAACGGCACAAAACCUGGAACCUUUACUUGGAGGCCAUGUCUACACCGGGUGAAUACGUUGAUCACCUUGUAGUACAGAGAACAUCGCAGUUUCUCAAAAAGGACAUUGCCGUUUUCACAAGUUCCGAAGAUGGAACCGCGUCCGACAGCAAUGUUGUAAUGAUAUCUGGUGGACCAGGAGCGGCUAUGAUGUUAGGUCACUAUCAUGAAGCACAUUAUCAAAGUCUGGAUUUCCAACGUGCUGGACAAGUGGAAUGUUCCACCGCGCAAGCAGAUUCAUCACCAUUGCCGGCGGAGGAUGUGUUUCAAGAUAUCUGUAAUGAUGACAGAAGAUUGGACGAAAUAGUAGUGACGAUAGGUCCCUACCGAAUAUCAAAAUUGGAUAUUCUGACAAUAGCACCAAUACUUCCGAAAGAAACAGAAGACCAGAUGAGAGUGAAAAUUGACAAAGAGACCAGAUGGGCUGUGGGCUGGCUAUAUGAUCAGAUAAUAAACGUCUUCUUGUAUGUGCUGUGUCAAAGGUGGGGGAGAAACGCAGCUUUAUCAAGCCAAGUUAUAGAGGGAUGGCAACAUUUCAAGUCCAAAAGGAGACGCCGGGCGCCACUUGUUCAAAAGGUCAGAAUUGCUUUUUAGAAAUAUCUGCAGUUACAAUUUUAAACUGAAGACAAAAUAUGCCAAGGGAAUAUAUAGUUUUUUUAUUCGCCCGUAAAGAGAUCACCCGUUUAAUAAACAUACAGCUGUAUAACACGUUGUAUUAUACCAAAGCGCGUGCUUAUAUACUGCGGGAACAAGUUUCAGUAACAAAUAUUGAAAACUCCCAACAUCCUUGGGCUUAUUCAACGACAUUGCGUGUAGUGACGAUAGAUCACUGAGAGGGUAUGCACACGCAAUGACCCUCUCAACCCUGAUGCUAUGCUGACGUCACAUGACAUUGUUUCGUGGUUGGAUCUUGUAACAAUAUUCUACAUAUUACGUCAGAGGGUAU